AAAGCAUUAAAAAUUCACAAUUCAGAGAAAUGGCAGGAGUUUCAUCUUUCAAUCCCUUCCUUUGCAAGACCCUUUCUUUGUCUGCUUACCCAAAACAGGGUCAUCUAUGGUUCGGGAAGAAGAAUUUGCCCUCCACAGUUACAGUUCAUUCUGUAGGGAUCCCGUCAGGGAAGGGAAUGGAGGUUGAAGGGUCGAGGUUUUCGAUCGGCUGGACGAGUCGUGGGUUGAGACCGUUUCUGAGGAUUCGGGCGGCGGAGAACGACGACGAGUGGGGUCCUGAAAACGAGGAAUGGACUGGGGAAGGGGUUGCAACGGCGUUGGGAGAGGAGGAGGAGGAAGAAGAGAAGCCCAAGGAACCCAGCGAGGUGGAUAAGUUGAAGAAGGCUUUGGUGGACUCAUUCUAUGGCACAGGACGAGGGCUGAGUGCCUCCAGUGAGACGAGGGCCGAGAUUGUCGAGCUCAUCACGCAGCUUGAGGCCCUCAACCCAACCCCUGCUCCCACCGAAGCUUUGACACUUCUCAAUGGCAAAUGGAUUCUUGCGUACACUUCGUUCUCGGGGUUGUUUCCAUUGUUCUCGAGAGGAACCCUACCAUUAGUGAAGGUAGAGGAAAUAUCUCAAACCAUUGACUCAGAUAACUUCACAGUCCAGAACUCAGUCCAGUUCAGUGGACCUUUGGCCACCACUUCUUUCAUCACCAAUGCCAAAUUCGAAAUCCGAAGUCCUAAGCGCGUUCAGAUCAAGUUCGAAGAAGGCAUCAUUGGAACACCCCAGUUAACAGACUCCAUUGAGACACCAGAAAGCGUGGAUGUUCUGGGGCAGAAGAUUGACCUCACCCCCUUUAAAGGCCUGAUCACUUCACUUCAAGACACUGCUUCAUCUGUGGCGAAGACCAUCUCCAGCCAACCACCCUUGAAGAUUCCCAUCACCAACGACAAUGCCCAGUCAUGGUUACUCACCACAUACCUUGAUGAUGAACUGCGCAUCUCCAGGGGUGAUGGUGGAAGUGUGUUUGUACUCAUCAAGGAAGGCAGCUCCCUCUUGACCGCCUAAAUAAGGGUAUUGCUGAUUGUAAAUUUCUACACUCUCCAGCCUUGUUGGGGGGAUUUUCAUACCAGUUGUGGAUGUGCUUGUGGUAUGAAGUAGUAUAGUGGAAAAGUGAAUAAUGCUGGUUCCAAAAUACAAGCUUGUAACUAUACAAAACCUUUACAUUGCUUUUGAAUAUUGGGUUUAGAUCUAUACAAUCUUGUUGCUGAGUAUGACCAUG